UUACUUUCUAUAAUUCACUCUUCGUCUCCUCGUCUUCAGAACAUUACCCUCACAAGCAUGGAGUGUCUUCGUUAACCUCAACCAUCCUGGGUCUAUCCCACCAACACCAAUCAUCUCUAACUCUUAAUCGGCUUCUCGUGAUAGACAGACGAAGAUGCCGCCGCCCCGCCGCAAGAAGCCCCUUUCGCUAAGGAUUCGACAAUGGAUUCAUCGGCUUCGCACAUGGCGCUCGCCGUUAAACCUACGCGGCAGCCUGACAAGACUACGGGCAUUUGAGAGACACCCGGUCUGGGCUCUGGUACGCCUUUUUAUCCCGUUCCCUUCGUGGAAAUUUCCCGUGUCCGACAUUAUGCCGGCGGCGGAAAUGAUCGGAAACGAAGAAUUGCUUCUUCUUCGCCACGACAAUAUGAUCGACCUGGAGAGCAUACCGAUUUGGCGCGUUCGCGAUACCCCCUUGAGAUGUUUGUAUAGAAUGUACGAAGCUAUGGCAUCUGGUGUAUACGAGGUUUUAGGCACCGAAACUGAAUACUUUUGGUAUCAGAAGGGGUGGUCAUUACAGUCGAUCAGCGACCCCAGGGACGAAGAUCCCGUGCGCUAUGCCAUCAUCGCAUGUCUCGUUGAGGAACUUGUCGUUGCGUUUAAUUGGCGUCUAAGUCUAGGAAUGCGUCGGAACCGCAAGCACAUCAUCCGAAAGACGGAAGACGACCCGUGGCCCCCGUAUACACCGCUGAUAGGUCCUGCAUGGACGGGCUCUGUUCCGGCGCUCUCGGCCAGCGACUUGGACGGAUUACCCGGACGUUACAUAUUGGAAGGAAAACUCGUCUUAGAGGACGGCGGAUUGAAUAAAAUCUUCGCGCGCCGCAACAUCAUUACGAAUGUUGGCUGGCUUUAUACGAUCUGAACCGCAAGCCCUACGCUACCACGUUUUUUGUCUCGAAAGUAAGGGGACCAUCCGCUUCACCAUCUGGCGGUGUGCACGUAACUCCU